AUGGCGGACGAGGAUACAGCGGCGUUGGUGAUAGACAAUGGCUCGGGUAUGUGUAAAGCCGGUUUUGCUGGUGAUGAUGCGCCUCGUGCUGUCUUCCCCUCCAUUGUGGGUCGUCCAAGGCAUCAGGUUAGUUGGGUGGUGUCGGUUUCAUCACCUCAGCACGAUCGUAUUGAGUGGUCGGUGCUGUCGCUCUACGCCUCUGGUCGUACGACUGGUGUGGUUUUGGACUCCGGUGACGGUGUCACUCACACCGUGCCCAUCUACGAGGGCUACGCUCUGCCCCACGCCAUUCUGCGUCUCGAUUUGGCAGGUCGUGAUUUAACUGAUCAUCUUGUCAAAAUUAUGACUGAACGAGGCUACAAUUUUACUACCACAGCUGAACGGGAAAUAGCUCGUGAUAUUAAAGAGAAGUUGUGCUAUGUGGCGUUGGAUUUUGAGCAAGAAAUGAUGACAUCCACUUCCAGUGCCAUUUUAGAGCGCUCCUACGAGUUGCCUGACGGUCAGUUGAUUACCAUUGGAAAUGAGCGUUUUCGGUGUCCUGAGGCGCUCUUUCAACCCGGUUUUCUGGGUCUGGAGGCCACUGGAAUUCACGAGACCACCUACAACUCCAUCAUGAAGUGUGAUGUGGACAUUCGCAAAGACCUCUACUCCAACACGGUGCUCUCUGGUGGUUCCACUAUGUUUCAAGGCAUUGCUGAACGUAUGCAACGCGAAAUCUCCUCACUGGCUCCAACCACAGUGAAGAUUCGCAUUGCUGCACCACCGGAACGCAAAUACUCCGUGUGGAUCGGUGGAUCCAUUCUCGCCUCCCUCUCCACCUUUCAACAAAUGUGGAUUUCAAAGAUGGAAUAUGAGGAAAUUGGUCCUAGCAUUGUACACCGAAAAUGCUUUUAA